ACGUAUUCAUGUGAAAUUAAAUCCUGUAUUGGUUAAAAACAAACCAUUCGUAUUAAUAACUGUGUGCCAAAUCUCUGUUAUUUGUAAAUUUUAAUUUCUCUUAAUUUGUUAAUUAGCAGAAAACUAAAACGAAUUAACGUUUUGAAUUAAACAAAACCAGACCAUUGAAUUUUUCUUGCAGAACGAGGAGUUCGCAUUAGCAGCGUCGAAAUGAGUAGUGUAAUAACAUAAACAACAACACGGUUUUUCCACCCAAACAGAUCAGGUUCUUUUUUUUAAAUACAUAAAUUAAAAAGCAUUAAUUAGUGAAAUGAGUGCAGAAGAAGGCACAGGUUGUUUCUUGUGUUUCCGAACGGACAAUGCCGAAGGUGAAGCAAUCGUCGAGGAUUCCGAACUCGCCGAGGCAAUAUACAAACAUUUUUGGUUUACGGUUGAAGAAGUCAAGAAUGCUUGGAUAUGUUUGAACUGCGAUACAAAAAUCAAAAGCUUUCAUGAAUUCUACCUUCAAGUAGAAAAAGAUCACCGGUUUUAUCAACAGAACGCGACAGUUUAUAUGGGAGAAAUUAAAGCCGAAGAAAGCCAAAGUUCAGAAGAAUUAGAAAAUCUUAAUGCCGAUGAUGAUGAAGAAGCUGAUGGAGAAUUCACCCUUUUAUUGGAUGACGACUAUUCCACAGAUGAUGGAUCCCUAAAUGUAGCGACACCAGUUAAAACAGAACUUAUCGAAUCGGAUUCAGGGUCUUUUGUUGUAAGCGAUGAGGAGAUUCUACAGUUUUGUUCAAUGAGUUGUCACCUAUGCUGUAUGGAGUUUGCAAAUUUUAAUGAUCUUAAUAAUCACUAUCGUGAAUCUCAUAACGAGAAAGCGUUCGUCAUGUGUUGCAAUUUGAAAUUCGAUACGGUUUCACUGCUUCGAGAGCACAUAAGAAUCCAUAUCGAUCCUAAUUGUUUCCAAUGCUUAGAAUGCGGUAAAAACUUCUGUUCUCAGCGUAGUUUACGUAAUCAUAAGCUUCAAAUGCAUCUUUCUGACCAAGAUAAAAGUUUUCAAUGCGAACAUUGUCCAAAGAAAUUCGCAAGAAAGCAUUUGCUAAAUACACAUAUUUUGACACACGAUCGAAAAAAUCAGGAAUGUGAAAUUUGCAACAGCAGCUUUCAAAACAAAGGAUCCCUCCGGUAUCACAUUCGUACCGUUCAUGAACGUGCCAAUGAAGUUAUUUGCGAUAUCUGUGCGAAGAUACUGAAAUCCAAAGGAGCGCUGGCAGUACAUCGAGCAGAACACUUCAACAAAACUCGCCUGAAGUGCCAAGAAUGCGGCCAGUGGAUGAAAAACAGUUUAAGUCUGCGAAGACACAUGAAACGGCACGAGGAAAAGGCGAUGAUAAUCGAGUGCCACAUUUGUGGCAAACGUUCACCGAACACACAUGCUUUGCAGAAGCACAUUAGGGAUCAGCAUACGGCCAAGCGAAUUCACCAGUGUACGAUGUGCAGCAAGGCUUUCAAGAGGGCCAUCGCUCUGAAGGAACACACGGCAACGCACACCGGAGAGCAACUCUAUAAAUGCGAAAUCUGCGGGAAGGAAUUCAACUCUUCAGCGAACAUCAGUGUCCAUAGGAAGAAAGCUCAUCCCAUCGAGUGGUUAGAAUACCAACGGAAGAAACCCAAAAACGGUGGAUAAGAAUGGCAGUUAAGUUUUUUUUUCAAAGAGACCGAGAGGUUCAUAUGCAGAUUUCAUAACACACUCGUGAAUAAAAUUGUACCUCGAACGAUUUGUAGUGAAUAAACAAUUUCAAUAU